CUUGUCACGGUUAUAUACGCUCGACCGGGGGACCGGCCCACACUUUUUGUGCCGCGUUACAACCGUUUGAACAGAUUUCGUCCUCGAUUAUUACCUUAUCUUGAGAAAACAAAAAAAUAAAAGAUAAAAUCAUGCCUGGACGUCCUCUUUGGCAGGUAGCUGGAAAGCGAGAAGCUCAUCAGGAAGCCGAAGCUCAAGAAUGGAUUGAGACAGUAAUUGGCGAAAGAUUUCCUGCGGGGGUCAGUUACGAAGAUGCCUUGAGAGACGGUAUCAUUUUCUGCAGACUGAUGAACAGACUUCAGCCAGGAUUGAUCACUAAAAUCAACACUUCAGGUGGCGACUACAAAUUUAUGGAUAAUUUAAACCAAUUCCAACAAGCUUGUGUGAAGUAUGGCGUACCUGAUGUUGACUUGUUUCAGGCUGUCGAUCUUAUGGAACGCAAAAAUAUCGCCCAAGUAACGAACACGAUUUUCGCAAUCGGUCGUACCACCUACAAGCACCCCGAAUGGCGAGGACCUUGGCUCGGUCCGAGACCAUCCGAAGAAAACAAGAGAGCUUUCACCGAAGCCCAACUAAGAGCUGGUGAAAAUGUAAUCGGACUCCAAGCUGGUAGCAAUAAAGGCGCCACACAAGCAGGACAAUCGUUUGGAGCGACCAGGAAAAUUUUACUUGGAAAAUAAACCGGCUCAUCAGACAAUGUCUUUUGAAUAUUCAUAGACGUUUCGUUUUUCCGAAGUUAUUUUAUUUAGUUUUCUCAUUGUUCCAACAGUCUUAUGCUAUCUUCAGAUUCUUACAAUCUACUACGUAUAAUAGACCUACAAAUUUUUGUCUGUAUCACCGAAAUCUUUAUUUUUGACGCUAUAUACGUGUGCAAUAUAUUUUCAUUGUAAAAAAAAUUGAGGGAAUAGUAUACAAACACCUUCCCAAAAGAAAAAAACAUAACGCUGCUAGUCAUUAAUGGGAACGUUCCGCUUUAAAGCCGAACGGAUUGCGCAUACCAUUUAUAGCUAGUCAAUAAAAUACAUAUAUGCGUAUGUA